AAACCAGAGGGACUUUUUCCAGUUGGUGAUAUGGAGCAAGUGCCAUCAACAGGCAGACUCGUGCAGAUCACCGUGACAGAGGGAUAUGAUUUGAAAGGUUUUAAAGGAGAUACUCCAGUUACCUUUAUUCGGGCAGAAUUCAAUCAAGUGGUUCUGGGAGACUCUGCAAAAAUUACUGUUUCUCCAGAAGGAAGUGCAAAAUACAACUUCACUAGCAGUUUUGAGUUUAAUCCUGAAGGAGGAAUCACUUUAGAUGACCUCGCUCACAAACCUGUGUUCUUAACUGUGACUGAAGUUUUACCAAAGGAAAAGAAACAGAAAGAAGAGAAGACCUUAAUUCUUGGUCAGGCUGUGGUGGACCUUCUUCCCUUACUGGAAGGACAGAGUUCAUUUCAAACAACAGUUCCAUUGCACCCUGUGCAAGGCUCACCCUUAGAAACUCCUAGAUCAAGUGCUAAGCAGUGCAGUCUUGAAGUUAAAGUAUUAGUGGCAGAGCCUUUACUGACCACAGCCCAGAUCUCAGGGGGCAAUCUACUGAAGGUCACAUUGGAGGCUGCUUACUCUGUGCCUGAAUCCUUCAUUCCAACAGGUCCUGGGCAGAACUACAUGGUCGGUCUGCAAGUUCCAUCACUUGGAGAGAAGGACUAUCCCAUUUUAUUUAAGAAUGGAACUCUGAAGCUUGGAGGGGAAAGAGAACCUGUUCCCCGGCCCAAAAAGUGGCCAAUUGCCAACAUUCUGGCUCCAGGAGCUAAUAACAUUCCUGAUGCAUUCAUUGUUGGUGGUCCCUAUGAAGAAGAAGAAGGAGAACUCAACCAUCCUGAGGACAGUGAAUUUAGGAAUCAAGCAGAGUGCAUAAAGAAAAGGAUUAUUUGGGACUUGGAAUGUCGCUGCUACCUUGAUCCUUCUGCAGUGGUCAGUUUUCAGAAACGGAUUGCCGAUUGCCGGCUUUGGCCUGUAGAGAUCACAAGAGUUCCUCUGGUCACUGUACCCAAAGGGAAAGCUGGCAAAACUGAAAAGACUGAUGAAGAAGGUCAGCUUUCGUUUCAUGGUGUGGCUUAUGUUAAUAUGGUCCCAUUGUUGUAUCCAGGUGUGAAGAGAAUUCGGGGAGCUUUUCAUGUUUACCCUUACUUGGACAGUGUAGUCCAUGAAAAGACCAAAUGUUUACUGAGCUUUUUCCGGGAUAUUGGCCAUCACUUGAUUCAUAAUAAUAAAAUAGGAGGAAUUAAUUCUCUGCUGUCCAAGCAAGCUGUUUCUAAGAAUCUGAAAGAAGAUAAACCAGUGAAAGAAAAGGACAUAGAUGGAAGGCCUAGGCCUGGGGAUGUGCAGGCAUCUAGUAUAAAAUCUCAGAGCUCAGAUACUCCUUUGGAAGGUGAACCCCCUCUAAGUCACAAUCCUGAAGGACAGCAAUAUGUAGAAGCAAGGACAUACAUUGUGUUGGAAAUUCAGCUGGACAAAGCUUUGGUUCCAAAGCGAAUGCCAGAGGAGCUAGCCAGAAGGGUCAAGGAAAUGAUUCCUCCAAGGCCGCCUCUUACCCGUCGGACAGGAGGAGCUCAGAAGGCAAUGAGUGACUACCACAUACAGAUCAAGAAUAUUUCUAGAGCCAUUCUAGAUGAGUACUACAGAAUGUUUGGAAAACAGGUGGCCAAACUGGAGAGUGAUAUGGAUAGUGAAACCUUGGAGGAGCAGAAGUGCCAGCUCAGCUAUGAACUUAAUUGCUCUGGAAAAUACUUUGCUUUCAAAGAACAACUCAAGCAUGCUGUGGUAAAGAUUGUGAGAGAGAAAUACUUGAAGACAACAUCAUUUGAAAGUCAGGAGGAAUUGCAGACGUUUAUCAGUGAGCUCUAUGUGUUCUUAGUAGAUCAGAUGCAUGUAGCCCUAAACCAGACCAUGCCAGAUGAUGUCCAAGGCACUAUUGCAACCAUUUUUACAAGCAGUGAACAGCUUCGACUCUUUGCAUUUGAAGCAGAAGUCAAUGAGAACUUUGAGAUGGCAGCAGCAUAUUAUAAAGAGAGAUUGGUCCGUGAGCCCCAGAAUCUGGAUCACUGGUUGGACUAUGGUGCCUUCUGCCUCCUAACUGAAGACAACAUCAAAGCACAAGAGUGUUUUCGGAAAGCCCUUUCCCUCAACCAGAGUCAUAUCCACAGCUUGUUGCUGUGUGGUGUCCUGGCUGUCCUGUUGGAGAACUAUGAGCAAGCAGAAAUUUUCUUUGAGGAUGCUACUUGCUUGGAACCAACUAAUGUUGUAGCCUGGACUUUACUUGGUUUGUACUAUGAAAUUCAAAACAAUGAUAUUCGAAUGGAAAUGGCAUUUCAUGAGGCCUCCAAACAGCUUCAGGCACAGAUGCUUCAGGCACAAGUAACAAAGCAAAAGAGCACUGGUGUUGUAGAAGACAUUGAGGAAAGAGGGAAGAGAGAAUCUAGUUUAGGCCCUUGGGGAAUCACAAAUGGUUCUGCAACAGCAAUCAAGGUGGAAGCCCCAGCAGGACCAGGAGCUGCAUUAUCUAUUCUAGACAAAUUUCUUGAAGAAUCCUCCAAACUGCAGUCUGAUUCACAAGAACCCAUUCUGACUACACAAACUUGGAAUCCAAAUAUAAACCAAAAACCAUCUAACACAUUUAUCAAGGAGAUACCAACAAAGAAAGAUGCAUCAAAAUGUCAAGAUUCAUCAGCUCUUCUGCAUCCCGGCCUUUAUUAUGGUGUUUCUCAAACUACCACCAUCUUCAUGGAGACCAUACGUUUCUUGAUGAAAGUCAAGGCUGUGCAGUAUGUGCACAGAGUGCUUGCACAUGAGCUGUUAUGCCCUCAAGGAGGCCCCAGCUGUGAAUAUUACUUGGUGCUGGCUCAGACACACAUUCUUAAGAAGGACUUUGCCAAGGCAGAGGAAUACCUUCAACAAGCAGCCCAGAUGGACUACCUGAACCCCAAUGUCUGGGGCCUGAAGGGCCAUCUCUAUUUUCUGAGUGGAAAUCAUUCUGAGGCCAAAGCAUGCUAUGAACGAACCAUUAGCUUUGUAGUGGAUGCUUCUGAGAUGCACUUCAUCUUCCUGCGGCUGGGGCUCAUCUAUCUGGAAGAAAAAGAGUAUGAAAAGGCAAAGAAAACCUACAUGCAAGCCUGUAAGAGAUCACCUUCAUGCCUUACCUGGCUAGGACUGGGAAUCGCCUGCUAUCGGCUGGAGGAGCUCACAGAGGCUGAGGAUGCUCUCUCUGAAGCCAAUGCACUGAACAACUACAAUGCUGAAGUAUGGGCAUAUCUGGCUCUGGUCUGCCUGAAAGUUGGGCGGCAAUUAGAAGCUGAGCAGGCCUACAAGUACAUGAUUAAGCUGAAAUUGAAAGAUGAGGCUCUGCUUGCAGAGAUCCACACACUACAGGAAACAGUUGGCUUUGGAAAUCCAUCUUUCUGAUACCGCUCCAGCUGAACAGUUUUCCGUAUGGGACUCUGAGUUCCUUUCCUUCCCAGAGAGUUUCACCAUAUGAAGUCUGGAGCUGGAGAACGAAAGAAUCUUCACCAUAAACAGAGACCCAUUCAUUUAUUUCCAUUGGCUGUGUUACUGGAUGUUUUAUUGGUUGACAAGAAACUGGGUCACAAUAAAAAAUGAAGAUAUGAAACUCAAAA